AUGGCUGCAGGCAUUAAAAUGGAAACAUUGGACAGAAUGAUAGCUACACUAGAAGAAAUGGGUACCAAAAAAGGGAUUCAAAUGAAUCAAAAAAUAACGCUGGAAGAAAUAUUGGCAUUAAUGUCCACUGCUGGGACAAUUAUAAUGGAAGAAGGUUCACUGGUUGAAGUUGAAGUACCAAUUAAGGUUGUUGGUGAUAUCCAUGGUCAGUAUGAAGAUAUGCAUAAACUAUUUGGAGUUAUCGGUAAAGUGCCUGAUGUGAGAAUGAUUUUUUUGGGUGAUUAUAUUGAUCGUGGGCCACAAUCCAUUGAAACAAUAAUUUUUCUACUAUGUUUGAAAGUGAAAUAUCGCGAUCGCAUUUUUUUGCUUCGAGGGAACCACGAAACUCCGGCAGUAAAUCGCAUAUAUGGUUUUUAUAAUGAAUGCGCACUUAAAUACGGCGUUGGCUUAUGGUGGGAUUUCCAAUCAUUUUUCAAUCGUAUGCCUAUGGCUGGACUUAUCGCCAAACGUGUCCUUUGCAUGCACGGUGGUCUAUCACCACAUCUUACCAGUCUCGAACAACUCCGCCAAAUUAAACGUCCUUGCGAGCCAGUGGAUCGUGGAUUAUUGAUCGAUUUAGUUUGGUCAGAUCCAACAAAUAAAGGAGAUGGUUGGUUCUAUUCUCCACGUGGUCUUAGUUAUUCAUUCGGUAAAGGUGUUUUGCUUUCCGCUUGCAAAAUGCUAAAAGUUGAUCUUGUCAUCCGAGCUCAUCAAGUCGUACAAGAUGGAUAUGAAUUGAUGGUUGGUAAAAAGUUAAUUACCAUAUUUUCUGCUCCAAAUUAUGCCGGACAAUUCAAUAAUGCAGGUGCUGUUGUUUGCAUCGACGAAGAUUUACAGGUAACAUUCCAACAACUUCGAGUUCCACCAGGACCAACUUGCGUGCGGAACUGUCCAGAAGUAGCCUGCGCUCCUGGUCAGGCACUCAUUCUACCGCAGAUCAAAGAGACAACAAGUUCAAUUCAGUCAAAAACCAUUGAGCUAAAGACAGGAGAAGUGAAAGAAGGAGAGAAAUAUAAGAAAGGAGAAAAUAACAAGAAGGCAGAGGAAAAAGAAGGGAUGAAGCAAGACUAUAAUAAGGAUGCCGAAAAGAAAAAAGAAGGCGAGAAAGAGGAAGAGAAGAAGACUACUGAAAAAAAGGAGGAUACUAAACAGGAAAAGAAUACAGAAAAGGCUAGUAAUAUAGUGCAAGAAGUUCGAAUUAGGCUUGAUGAAGAAAUGUGUAUACAUUAUUCUCAGGAUAGUAACAUAGAACACCUUGUUAUGAAUGAAAUCCUCCUUUAA